CAUGCGACAAAGGGCGGGGGUAAAACUGCUGUGACGUCCCCAGAACAACCUGUGGCCUGAGGGGAGACGAAUGUCGCUGUCUGCUAAUCUCAGCCGCCUGCUAAUUAGUUAGACCGUGUUAGACGAUUAGUGCAUCAGUUUGUUUUGUUAUUUGUUUAUAUUCUGCUGAUUUUGUUAGUUGGAGAAUACGAUUCAGAAUUCUCGUUGUCAAGCUUUCUAUGGUAUUCGAUUACACAAGACUUACAAGUGUUUAACGGUGAAGAUUCUGGAACAUACAUUUGAUCCAAAUCUCCGGACUAUGUUCCAUUGUUAGGAACAUCCCGACAUGACUUCUCAGAAGUUCGAACUUUCAGAUCUCUCCAACAGUCAGACGAAUCUAACAAACAUGACUGAGAAGAAAAAUGGCUGCUAUGUCAGCUCCGUUGUUGGGUUCAUCUUGAUUCUCCUGGCGGCCGCCAUUGCUGUGGGUGUUGGUAUCAUUGUCCAUUUCGCUGGAGGCAACAGAGAUGUCGUUUGCAAGUGGGACAGUUCCGUUAGCGGGGCCAGCGCUGAUGCUAUUAGACAAGAGUGCAUUAAUUUGGCCGGUUCUGGGAACAAAGAUGUCUGUGAACGAUGUCCAGCAGCUCCCACCGCCGUACCCGUGUCAACAACUGCUCCACAAACAACACGGACCACACCGGCCACAAAACCCAAGGUCACGGACGUUCGUCUACCUAAAAACGUGGUCCCCUCACACUACAAUGUGGAGCUUCAGCCCAACAUGUACCUGCCUGAUCCUGCUAACUUCACUUUUAAGGGUUCUGUGAAGAUCUGGAUAAAAUGUAUCACUGCGAGUGACAAUGUGACGCUACACUCAAAUGUUCUGGUGAUCGACAACAGCAGCGUCAAGUUUUACCCAGAAUCUGGCACUGGGCCUGGUUUAAAAUCUCUGGCUAUUGAUUCAGCUCGACAGUUCUUUAUUUUAAAGUUAGACGGGAAUAUGCAGCCAAACAAGACGUAUAUUAUUGAAAUGAAUUUUAAGUCUCCAUUAAAAAACGACCUUGCCGGGCUGUAUUACAGUACUUACAAUAGAAAUGGAACUAAAGUCUAUUUAGCCACAACCCAGUUUCAGCCAACAGAUGCCAGGAAAGCAUUUCCAUGUUUUGACGAGCCAGCUAUUAAAGCAACAUUUAAUAUUACUCUAGUUCGUCCAAGUCAUCUAAUUUCUAUUUCAAAUAUGCCAAUUCUAAAUAGUGCCCUACCCUUUACUGAGGAUGGGAUUACCUACGUUAAGGAUGUUUAUCAAAAAACUCCAACAAUGUCAACUUACCUGCUAGCAUUCAUCAUUUGUGAUUUUGAAUAUACAUCCAAUAGAACUAAAAAUAAUAUUCUGUACCGUACCUGGGCCACUAAAGAAGCUGUUAAUCAAACGCUCUAUGCAUUGGAGACCGGAGUAAAAAUUAUCACCUAUUUUGAAGAGUUUUUUAAUGUAUCUUUCCCUCUACCAAAACAAGACAUGAUUGCUAUACCAGAUUUUGCUGCUGGUGCUAUGGAAAACUGGGGUCUAAUUACAUACAGAGAGACAGCAAUGCUGUUUAAGCCAGGCUUUUCUAAUGAAGCUAACAGAGAAAGAGUUGCUGUUGUGGUUUCACAUGAGUUGGCUCAUCAGUGGUUUGGUAACUUGGUGACCCCUUCAUGGUGGGAUGACCUUUGGCUCAAUGAAGGAUUUGCCAGCUUUGUUGAAUACUUGGGAGUUAAUCAUGUUCAUCCUGAUUGGAACAUAUAUAAUGUGUUAGUUGUAAGUGACCUUCAACCUGCUCUUCAAGCUGAUGGACUAGUUACAUCACACCCUGUCUAUGUUCCAGUUGGUCAUCCAGAUGAGAUCAAUGAAAUAUUUGAUUCUAUAUCCUACAGCAAGGGCUGUGCCAUUAUCAGAAUGAUGCUUCAGUUUCUUGGUGAGGGAACUUUCAGACGAGGAUUGAAUAGAUAUUUAUUAUCAAGGCAAUAUGGUGCAGCCUUUCAUGAUGACUUGUGGACAGCUCUUACUGAGCAAGCAGCUAUUGAUGGGAAGCAGAACAUAAAUGUAAAGACAAUUAUGGAUACAUGGACACUUCAAAUGAAUUAUCCUGUUGUCAAACUACAAAGAAGUUAUAACUCUGUUACAAAGCUACUGGUAUCUCAGAAAAGAUAUCUGGAAGAUUACAAUGCAGUUGAUCCUGGCAAAUAUGUUUCUCCGUUUGGUUACAAAUGGAAUAUCCCAAUAACAAUCACAACCAGUGAAAAACCAAACUUCAGUCAGACAGAUAAAGAUGUUCUGUGGCUUCAUACAAAUGAAGAAAGUAAGGAGAUUGAUUACAACCCACUUCCCUAUGUGUAUAAUUCAAGUGGAUGGAUUCUUGCAAAUGUUGAAAUGAAUGGCUUCUAUAGAGUCAACUAUGCAGACAGUAACUGGGAAGCUUUAUGCAAACAACUGGUGGAAAACCAUGAAGUAAUUCCAAUAAUAAACAGAGCUCAGAUAAUCAGUGAUGCUUGGAAUCUUGUUAAAUCAGGUGAUUUAAAACUGAACAUUGCAUUAAAAACAAUUGAGUACCUCCAUAAAGAAAAAGAUUAUGCACCAUGGGUUGCUGCUAGAACAGAACUUCUCUACACUUCAAGAAUGUUGGCUGUCACUCCUUUGUUUGGACUCUUCCAGAAAUUUAUGCAGGAAAAAAUCAACAGCUCCUUCCGGGUUGUUGGUUUUGAUAAUACAGGAUCAUCUCAUACUGACAUUUUGGCGCGAAGUCUUAUUAUCAAUAUAGCAUGUGGAUAUGGUAUACAGAGCUGUGCAGAUUUUGCUAAGGACCAAUUCAAACAAUGGAUGGCAAAUCCAACUACAAAUCCAGUAGACCCUAACUUUAGAUCUACUGUGUACUGUUCUGCUAUUUCAAGUGGUGGAUGGGAUGAGUGGAGCUUUGGUCUUAAGAUGUACACAGAAUCUGAUUUAGCCUCUGAAAAGGUUAAUUUGCUUUCAGCUUUAUCUUGUACCAAGCAACCUUGGAUCCUAAACAACUUCCUGUCGCUGGUAGUAGAGAAGGACUCAGUCAUUCGCAAGCAAGAUGCCUUAAAUGUUAUAACAUACAUCUCAUCAAAUACAGUUGGUCGAUCACUUGCUUGGAACUUCUUUAGAGCAAACUUCCAACAUCUUAAAGACACAUUUGGAGCAUCGUUUUUCUCAUGGUCUAAUGUGAUAGAUGCAAUCACCAGGAAUUAUAAUACAGAGUUUGAACUUAGUGAGGUAAAAGCUUUCUAUGCAAGCCAAGAAGGCAAAUUUGGUUCUGGUGAAAGAGCCAUGCAGCAAGGCAUUGAGAAAAUUUCUUCCAACAUCAAAUGGAUGGAAACUAAUCGGGGUGUCCUUAAGACUUGGCUAGACGAUGUCACUUCACAAGCACAUCCCGACAUGCCUUCUCAGAAGUUCGAACUUUCAGAUCUCUCCAACAGCCAGACCAAUCUAACAAACAUGACUGAGAAGAAAAAUGGUUGCUAUGUCAGCUCCGUUUUUGGGUUCAUCUUGAUUCUCCUGGCGGCCGCCAUAGCUGUGGGUGUUGGAAUAAUUGUCCAUUUCGUUGGAGGGAACAAGGUCGUCGUCUGCAAGUUUGACUCGUCUGUUGGUACUGCCAGCGCCAUCUGGAGGGAGUGCAUCAGUCUAUCCAGCUCAGGGAACAAAGAUGUUUGUGGACGAUGCCCGGCUAGUCCCACUACCAACUUACCAAUGUCAACGCCCUCUCCGUCAACACUGACCACACCGGCAACAAAACCCAAGGUCACGGACGUUCGUCUGCCUAAAAACGUGGUCCCAUUACACUACAAUGUGGAGCUUCAGCCCAACAUGUACCUGCCUGAUCCUGCUAACUUCACUUUCAAGGGCUCUGUAAAGAUCUGGAUAAAAUGUAUUACUGCAAGUGACAAUGUGACGCUACACUUUAAUAUUCUGGAGAUCGACAACAGCAGUGUUAGGUUUUACCCAGAAUCUGGCACUGGACCUAGUAUAAAAUCUCUGGCUAUUGAUUCAGAUCGACAGUUCUUUAUUUUAAAGUUAGACGGAAAUAUGCUGGCAGACAAAACCUACAUACUAGAAAUGACUUUUGAGUCUCCUUUAAAAAAUGACCUAAAUGGACUUUAUUACAGUAGCUACAAUAGAAAUGGAAGUCUUGUCUACUUAGCAUCAACUCUGUUUGCGCCCACUGAUGCCAGGAAAGCAUUUCCGUGUUUUGAUGAGCCGGCUAUCAAAGCUACAUUCAAUGUUACACUCGUUCGUUCAAGUCAUUUAAUUUCUCUAUCCAAUAUGCCAGUGUUAAGCAAUAGUGCUUCAUAUGAUGAAAAUGGGGUUACAUACAUUAAAGAUGUUUAUCAACAAACCCCUUUGAUGUCAACUUACCUGUUAGCAUUCAUCAUUUGUGACUUUGAAUACACAUUCAACACAACUAAAAAUAACAUUUUGUAUCGUGCAUGGGCAGCUAAAGAAGCUAUCAAUCAAACAACCUAUGCCUUGGAAACUGGUAUAAAAAUUAUCACAUAUUUUGAGGAGUUUUUUAAUGUGUCUUUCCCCCUACCAAAACAAGAUAUGAUUGCAAUACCAGACUUUGCUGCUGGUGCUAUGGAGAACUGGGGUCUAAUUACCUACAGAGAAACAGCUAUGUUAUAUAAACCAGGGAUUUCCAAUGAAGAUAACUUGGAAAGAGUUGCUGUUGUGGUAUCACACGAGUUGGCUCAUCAGUGGUUUGGUAACUUGGUGACCCCAUCAUGGUGGGAUGACCUUUGGCUCAAUGAAGGCUUUGCCAGCUUUGUUGAGUAUUUGGGAGUUAAUCAUGUUCAUCCUGAUUGGAACAUAUAUAAUGUGUUAGUUGUAAGUGACCUUCAACCUGCUCUUCAAGCUGAUGGACUAGUUACAUCACACCCUGUCUAUGUUCCAGUUGGUCAUCCAGAUGAGAUCAAUGAAAUAUUUGAUUCUAUAUCCUAUAGCAAGGGCUGUGCCAUUAUCAGAAUGAUGCUUCAUUUUCUCGGUGAGGGAACUUUCCGACGAGGAUUAAAUAGAUAUUUAUUAUCAAGGCAAUAUGGUGCAGCCUUUCAUGAUGACUUGUGGACAGCUCUUACUGAGCAAGCAGCUAUUGAUGGGAAGCAGAACAUAAAUGUAAAGACAAUUAUGGAUACAUGGACACUUCAAAUGAAUUAUCCUGUUGUCAAACUACAAAGAAGUUAUAACUCUGUUACAAAGCUACUGGUAUCUCAGAAAAGAUAUCUGGAAGAUUACAAUGCAGUUGAUCCUGGCAAAUAUGUUUCUCCGUUUGGUUACAAAUGGAACAUCCCAAUAACAAUCACAACCAGUGAAAAACCAAACUUCAGUCAGACAGAUAAAGAUGUUCUGUGGCUUCAUACUCAUGAAGAAAGUAAGGAGAUUGAUUACGACCCACUUCCCUCUGGGUAUAAUUCAAGUGGAUGGAUUCUUGCAAAUGUUGAAAUGAAUGGCUUCUAUAAAGUCAACUAUGCAGACAGUAACUGGGAAGCUUUGUGCAAACAGCUGGUGGAAGACCACAAAGUAAUUCCAAUAAUUAACAGAGCUCAGAUAAUCAGUGAUGCUUGGAGUCUUGUUAAAUCAGGUGAUUUAAAACUGAACAUUGCACUAAAAACAAUUGAGUACCUCCAUAAAGAAAAAGAUUAUGCACCAUGGGUUGCUGCUAGAACAGAACUUCUCUACACUUCAAGAAUGUUGGCUGUCACUCCUUUGUUUGGACUCUUCCAGAAAUUUAUGCAGGAAAAAAUCAACAGUUCAUUCCAGGUUGUUGGUUUUGAUAAUACAGGAUCAUCUCAUACUGACAUUUUGGCGCGAAGUCUUAUUAUCAAUAUAGCAUGUGGAUAUGGUAUACAGAAAUGUGCAGAUUUUGCUAAGGACCAAUUCAAACAAUGGAUGGCAAAUCCAACUUCAAAUACAGUAGACCCUAACUUUAGAUCCACUGUGUACUGUUCUGCUAUUUCAAGUGGUGGAUGGGAUGAGUGGAGCUUUGGUCUUAAGAUGUACACAGAAUCUGAUUUAGCCUCUGAAAAGGUUAAUUUGCUUUCAGCUUUAUCUUGUACCAAACAACCUUGGAUCCUAAACAACUUCCUGUCGCUGGUAAUAGAGAAAGACUCAGUCAUUCGCAAGCAAGAUACCUUAAAUGUUAUAACAUACAUCUCAUCAAAUACGGUUGGUCGAUCACUUGCUUGGAACUUCUUUAGAGCCAAUUUCCAACAUCUUAAAGACAUAUUUGGAGCAUCAUUUUUCUCAUGGUCCAAUGUAAUAGAUGCAAUCACCAGGAAUUAUAAUACAGAGUUUGAACUUAGUGAGGUAAAGGCUUUCUAUGCAAGCCAAGAAGGCAAAUUUGGUUCUGGUGAGAGAGCCAUCCAGCAAGGCAUUGAGAAAAUUGCUUCCAACAUCAAAUGGCUGGAAACUAAUCGGGAUGUCCUUAGAACAUGGCUAGAAGAUGUCACUUCACAAACCGUGUUCAAAAAUUGUCCACGCAUUUUAAUACCCGAAGACGCCGUUAUAUUUUCAACAUACAUUUAUACAAAAUACAAUCUCUCCAACAGUCAGACGAAUCUAACAAACAUGACUGAGAAGAAAAAUGGCUGCUAUGUCAGCUCCGUUGUUGGGUUCAUCUUGAUUCUCCUGGCGGCCGCCAUUGCUGUGGGUGUUGGUAUCAUUGUCCAUUUCGCUGGAGGGAACAAGGUCGUCGUCUGCAAGUUUGACUCGUCUUUUGGUACUGCCAGUGAUAUCUGGAAGGAGUGCAUCAGUCUAUCCAGCUCAGGGAACAAAGAUGUUUGUGGACGAUGCCCGGCUAGUCCCACUACCAACGUACCAAUGUCAACGCCCUCCCCGUCAACACUGACCACUCCGGCAACAAAACCCAAGGUCACGAAUGUUCGUCUGCCUAAAAACGUGGUCCCCUUACACUACAAUGUGGAGCUUCAUCCCAACAUGUACCUACCUGAUCCUGCUAACUUCACUUUCAAGGGCUCUGUGAAGAUCUGGAUAAAAUGUAUUACUGCGAGUGACAAUGUGACGCUACACUUUAAUGUUCUAGAGAUCAACAACAGCAGUGUUAGGUUUUACCCAGAAUCUGGUACUGGGCCUGGUUUAAAAUCUCUGGCUAUUGAUCCAGAUCGACAGUUCUUUAUUACAAAGUUAGACGGGAAUAUGCAGGCAAACAAAACCUACAUACUAGAAAUGACUUUUAAGUCUCCUUUAAAAAAUGACCUACACGGGUUGUAUUACAGUAGCUACAAUAGAAAUGGAAGUCUUGUCUACAUAGCAUCAACUCUGUUUUCGCCCACUGAUGCCAGGAAAGCAUUUCCUUGUUUUGAUGAGCCGGCUAUCAAAGCUACAUUCAAUGUUACACUAGUUCGUCCAAGUCAUUUAAUUUCUCUAUCAAAUAUGCCAGUGUUAAGCAAUAGUGCUUCAUAUAUUGAAGAUGGUAUUACCUACAUUAAAGAUGUUUAUCAACAAACACCUAAGAUGUCAACUUACCUGUUGGCAUUCAUCAUUUGUGACUUUGAAUACACAUUCAACACAACUAAAAAUAACAUUUUGUAUCGUGUAUGGGCUGCUAAAGCAGCUAUCAAUCAAACAGCCUAUGCCUUGGAAACUGGUAUAAAAAUUAUCACAUAUUUUGAGGAGUUUUUUAAUGUGUCUUUCCCCCUACCAAAACAAGAUAUGAUUGCAAUACCAGACUUUGCUGCUGGUGCUAUGGAGAACUGGGGUCUAAUUACAUACAGAGAAACAGCUAUGUUAUAUAAACCAGGGGUUUCCAAUGAAGGUAACCUGGAAAGAGUUGCUGUUGUGGUAUCACACGAGUUGGCACAUCAGUGGUUUGGUAACUUGGUGACCCCUUCAUGGUGGGAUGACCUUUGGCUGAAAGAAGGCUUUGCCAGCUUUGUUGAGUAUUUGGGAGUUAAUCAUGUUCAUCCUGACUGGAACAUAUUUAAUAUGUUAGUGGUCCGUGACCUUCAACCUGCACUUGAAUCUGAUGGACUUGUGACAUCACAUCCUGUGUAUGUUCCGGUUGGUCAUCCAGAUGAGAUCAAUGAAAUAUUUGAUUCUAUAUCUUACAGCAAGGGUUGUGCCAUUAUCAGAAUGAUGCUUCAUUUUCUUGGUGAGGGAACUUUCAGACGGGGAUUGAAUAGAUAUUUAACUAACCUGAAAUUUGAUGCAGCCUAUCAUGACGACUUGUGGACUGCCCUAACAGAGCAAGCUUUAAUAGAUGGGAAGCAGGGCAUUGAUGUAAAAACUAUAAUGGAUACAUGGACGCUUCAAAUGAAUUAUCCUGUGGUCACGGUGCUACGCAGUAAUGUCUCUGUUACAAAGUUACUGGUAUCUCAGAAAAGAUAUCUGGAAGAUUACAAUGCAGUUGAUCCUGGCAAAUAUGUGUCUCCUUUUGGUUACAAAUGGAACAUCCCAAUAACAAUCACAAGCAGUGAGAAUCCAAAUUUUAAUCAGACAGAUAGAGAUGUUCUUUGGCUUCAUGCUCAUGAAGAAAGAAAGCAAAUUGACUACAGCCCACUUCCUAAGGCUUAUAAUACAAAUGGAUGGAUUCUUGCAAAUGUUGAAAUGAAUGGCUUCUAUAGAGUCAACUAUGCAGACAGUAACUGGGAAGCUUUAUGCAAACAGCUAGUGAAUGAUCAUAUAGUAUUUCCAGUAAUAAACAGAGCUCAGAUAAUCAAUGACGCUUGGAAUCUAGUCAAAUCAGGUGACUUAAAACUGAACAUUGCAUUGAAAACAAUUGAGUACCUCCAUAAAGAAAAAGAUUAUGCACCAUGGGUUGCUGCUAGAACAGAACUUCUCUACACUUCAAGAAUGUUGGCUGUCACUCCUUUGUUUGGACUCUUCCAGAAAUUUAUGCAAGACAAAAUCAACAGCUCAUUCCAGUAUUUUGGUUUUAAUAACACAGGAUCAUCUCAUACAGAAAUUUUAGCUCGAAGCCUUAAUGUUAAUAUAGCCUGUAGCUAUGGCAUACAAGCCUGUCUAGAUGCUGCUCAAGCCCAAUAUAAACAAUGGAUGUCAAACCCAACUACAAACAACAUAGACCCCAAUUUUAGAACCACUGUAUACUGUAAUGCUAUUGCAAAUGGUGGUUGGGAUGAGUGGAACUUUGGUCUUAAGAUGUACACUGAGUCAGAUUUAGCCUCAGAGAAAUAUAAUCUGCUUGUUGCUCUAUCCUGCACAAGACAACCUUGGAUACUAAACUACUAUAUGUCACUGAUCUUUGAGAAAAACUCUGUAAUUCGCAAUCAAGAUUCUUCCAAGGUUAUCCUACUUGCCGCAACAAACACUGUUGGCAGAUCAUUGGCCUGGAACUUCUUUAGAGCAAACUUCCAGAAACUAAAGGAUAAAUUUGGAGGCUCAUUUUUUGCUUGGCCUGCGUUGAUAGAUUAUGUGACUAGUGACUUCAAUACAGAAUUUGAACUCAGUGAGGUAAAGGCAUUCAAAGCAAGCCAAGAAGGCAAAUUUGGUUCUGGUGAGAGAGCCAUGCAGCAAGGCAUUGAGAAAAUUUCUUCCAACAUCAAAUGGAUGGAAACUAAUCGGGGUGUCCUUAAGACUUGGCUAGAAGAUGUCACUUCACACCACACUGGAUAAACUUUUACUUUUGAAAAAUUUUUAUACUUUGUUACAAUAGUUAUUAAUCAUGCUAAAGUUUUUGGUAAUAACAUGAGAUAUAAUUUUAAAAGUAUAAACAUUGUAUUUUUCAUAUGUUGUUUAAGACAUUCCUUGUUAUAUUUAAUUUGAACUGCACAUGUAUUUAGAUAAACAGUAUUAAACAGUUUUUCAUAAAAU